AUGUCGAUGGUUGAAAAAUACAACGAGAAAGAGGUUGGAUUUAGGUUUCAUCCUAGGGACCAAGAACUCAUCCGUUAUUAUCUCGAGCCUAAGGUUGCCAAAAAACAAAAUAAAUAUGUUGAGUUAGAAGACAAGACUGAUAUUUAUGCCAAAGAGCCGUGGCGGUUGACUCACACAAAGUCGGACUUGUUCGAACCUAACGAGUGGUACUACUUCGUGACACAUGAUCAGGUAUCUGAAAACGUCACUGGGAAACUACGCAACAGCCGCAAAGUCAAAGGAGAGACGUGCGAGGGAUGUUGGAAAGCCCCUAAGAAGCUGAGAGAUGUCGUAUCAAAAGAUACACGUGAGGUGAUUGGGAAGAAGAGGAGUCUCAGUUUCUAUGUCAAAGGUGAGAGCAAGUCCAGUGGUUGGACCAUGACGGAAUACUAUCUCCUUGAUGGUGGCUCAUUCCAAAAUCAAGUUCUCUGCCACCUUAAAGGACCAUGA